AUGUUCAGCAUGACCCAGAAGGAGGAGAAGAACGUCAAGGGAUUCCAUUGGUGGACAGAAGAAUGCAGCCACAGUUGGGACAAGGUCGAGGCAGAUGCGCCAAAGGAGGAGGCGAAUCAAGGCGCCGAGCACAGCAACGACGCAGAUGAGUCUUUGACCAAGUACCAGGCCAUGAAGGAGGCUCGCACAGAGGGCAACGUGCCGGAGGGCGGUACAGAGCAGUCGUUCGCUGCUACCGGUCGCCUCGAGCCGGCGACCACAACACCAGCAAGGGACCGGGAAGCAUCUCUCAGAGACACGCCUCGCGGUGAGCAGGCAAGCAGAAAGGGCGACAUCCACGUUGGUGGUGCUGAACAGACGUCCUUUACUACCUCUGGCGUCAGGGAGGGUCGCGUCGAGACUGCAACCACAGCCACGGCAGCAGACCAGGCGCAAGCUCUCAAAGGCAUCCUCCGCAACGCAUACGAUCUUCAUUGCUCUACUCGACAGGACGAGAAUGAGGACGAGAGCGUUCGAUCCUUCCUUGAUCUCCUCAAGGACGCCCUCCCUGCCAACGGCGUCCUAUGA